AUUGUCGCGAUGAUCGUCGGAACACCGUUUAGUUGAUGCAGUGCGGUCUGCGGCUCCAGUUCAAGAUUUUCGGCAAUUUGUAUAUUAUUUUGUUUUGCGACUCGGUUGGGACAGUAAAGAUAAUAGACGAGCGAAGAAAAUCUUCAGGUUCAAGGCUGUCUGAGACGUCAGAAACACAUGUUUGCAUAAGAAAGUUUAAAAAAUAUCCAAUUUCGCUUAGUACCCCAAUUAAGAAAAGUCUACAAGAGCAAUGGAAGCUGUAUCACAAAACCAUAUUCGUCUGCAGAGCGAAGAGGUCACAAUACCAGCGCCUUGGGGUUUCAUAUCAGGUCGCUGGUAUGGCAGUCGAGCUGACAGGCCUAUUCUGGCCAUCCACGGAUGGCUGGACAACCUGGGCACCUUCGAUCGACUGGUUCCCCUGCUCCCCGAUCACGUAGGAGUGCUCUGCAUUGACCUUCCCGGACAUGGAAGGUCCUCGCGCCUUCCGCCUGGCGUUCACUACAACGUCUACGACUAUGUGCUCAUCAUUCCCAGGGUGAUGAAGCAGUUCGGCUGGUCGAAGGUCUCCCUGAUGGGUCACUCCCUCGGCGGGGUGAUGAGCUUCAUGUACGCGGCAAUGGCUCCACACACCGUUGAUAUGAUCAUAUCCCUGGAUGUGCUGCUGCCGCGCAGGGUCGAGGAUCCCAGCAAGCUGACCAAGGACAUAGAGGGCUAUUUGGUGGAGGAGAGGCGGCAGGCAGAUGGAACGGAGCACGAGCCGCCCUCGUUUACGCUCAGUAAAAUGCGAAAGGUCCUGGCCAGGAACAGUGACAACUCAGUGCCGCACCACCUGGCCGAUCACAUGCUCCACCGCCAGGUGGCCAAGUCACAGAUGUACCCGGAAAAGGUCUUCUUUUCGAGGGACGGGCGCGUUAAGUUCUACCAUAUAUUCGACAUUGAGGAGGGACUGGCUGCGGAGAUGGCGAGGCGAAUUCAGAAGAAGCCCUAUCUGGUGAUCAAGGGAGGCCUAUCUCCGUUUGUGGGGCCCCGAUGCGACGAAACGAUGUCCAUUCUGUCGCAGGAUAACCCUCACUUCGAGUUCUACGAGGUGAAGGGCGCCAAACAUCAUGUCCAUCUCCACGCCGCCGAGGAGUGUGCCCGCUACAUCGUACCGUUCAUCCAAAAUCACAGACCUCCAAAAAUCAGCAAGCUAUAAGAUGGAUUAAGAAAUUGUGAUCUUAAAAUAUAGUAUUUUUUUAUCUCUCUAGGUUUUUUAAAAAAAAACUGUUCAUAUUUCUAGCAUAAAUAAAAGUCUAAGACUAAA